AUGCUACUUUGUGGUGCUGAUGUCCUGGACUCCUUCGGGGUGUCGGGGCUGUGGAAGGCUCAGCAAAUUGCGGAGGUGGUCACCAACUUUGGACUGGUGUGCAUCACCCGUGGCGGAUCGAAUCCGGAAGCCUUCACCCAGGGCUCCGACCUCCUCUUGCCACACGGCAGCAACAUCCACGUGGUGCAGGAGUGGGUGGCCAACGACGUGUCGGCCGCACUCAUCCGCCGCCCGCUGCGGUGUGGCCACAGUGUACCGAAGAAAACAAAGGUGGUGCUGCUGUCUUGUGGCUCCUUCAAUCCAGUGACGAACAUGCACCUGCGCAUGUUUGAACUGGCACGGGAUCAGCUGGAGGACACGGGACAGUAUGAAGUGGUGAAGGGGAUCCUGUCACCAGUGGGCGAUGGCUACAUGAAGAUAGGCCUGAUCGAGGCCAGCCAUCGGGUGGAAAUGGCCAAGCUGGCGGUAGAGAGCUCCAGCUGGAUUGAGGUGGACAGCUGGGAGAGCAGGGAGGCCGAAUGGCUGGAGACAGUCAAAGUGUUGCAGUGAGCUCGCCCUAAGGGGUGCUGCCUGACCCGGUGCUCAGCUACAUUCAGGAGCGGCGGCUUUACACUGCUGAGAGUGAGCAGAGGAACGCAGGUUUUGUGCUGUGUCCUCUGCAGAAAUAUGCAAGGAAGCAUGAGUAAGCACAACCCCCACUGCCACUCUCCCAUCCUGUAGCCUUAUCAUCUUGCCAUUUCCAUCUUCCCAUUGGUUUGGAAUCCCCUUAAUGCAUCACCAAGAGGAGGAAGCUUGAGGAGGCAGAGAUUGCACCCAAGGGGCCACCUCAAAAAACAGGUAACAAUCAAAGCUUCCCCUUGCACAGUCCCCUUGUUUCCUUCUUUCCAUCUUCAGUCCACUUAUCCUGGCCUGGGACUGGUAUCCUAGAUGGAAUUUGGAUUUUUGUUAAAUUUUCCUGCUCAGAAAUGGAGUAGUUGGGUGUGAAUCCCAGGCGUCACCUGUAGGAACUGCUCUCCGCGGAACCGGACCCUGAUGUGGUAUGUAGGGACUGCAAAGGCUGGCAGGAAGAGAAAAUACAUGGAUGCCAGCAGUGCCACCAAGAGGAGGAAGCUCUAAGAGGCUGAAAUUGCAUCCAAAGGGCCAGCUCAGGAACCGGACUGGAGUAACCAAGGACUACAUACUGACUUGCGCUCCUGUACUGUAGGUCAUUAAUGGAUAAACUACUUUCCUGAACAACCUGUCUAUUUCUAAACAACUGGACAUAUUGCUCCUUGUAGAAACAUGGUAAAAACCUGGUGAUUACUUGCAACUAAGUCUGCUUACAUCUCCUGGUUAUAAUUUUUUAUCCAAACCCUGUCUGACGGUGAUUCAUCAUGACUCUGUCAAAACAACUAUUGCUGAUUUUCAAGAGAUUACAUCAUUUGAAUAUCUGGCUUUUAAAAUUGCUGGAAAGGCUUCGUUGAUGAAUUAUCCUUCUCUGUGUCUGUCGAUGCUUCCCGUCUUCAUGAUGUUUAUCAGUUGUCGUGCCCAAUGAAUCUGUGUAAUUCCACAGUCACGAGUUUUAGACCAUCAUGCACCUAUUAGGUCCCCUGAGAGUGGCAGAGCUGACAGCCGUUCACGACCUGGUGGUGGGUUGGCUCCACUGGUGGGGAAGCGCUAGUCAGACCGGUUAGACCCAAGCAUAGAGUGAGGAUCUGCUGGGAACAUCUGGCAGAAUCCCCUGUCAGAAGGAGCUUCGACUUCUACCUCUGGCAGAACUUCGGCCAUGUCCCGCUGAACGCGGCGGACGUUGAGUCCAAAUGGGCAUGUUCCGCACCUCCAUUGUGGAGGCAGCUGACUGGACUGUGGCCGUAAGUUACCCGAACCCGCUGGCGUACAACAGCUGAUGAGUACCGGUGGGCCAAGCGGAAUGCGGCUUUGGCAGUCGCUGAGCCAGAAACUCGGCUAUGGGAGGAGUUUGGCGAGGCCAUGGACUUCUGGACAGCUUCAAGGAGAUUCUGAUCCACCAUCCGGUGUCUCAGGGUGGGAAAGCGGUGCAGCAUCAACACUGUUCAUGGUGGGCAUGGGGCGCUGCUGACCUCAGCUUGGGACAUUGUGGGUCGGUGGAAGGAAUACUUCAAAGACCUCCUCAAUCCCACCUCCACGCCAUCCAAUGAAGAAGCACUUGGGGGUGGAUCAGAUCUGCCCAGAUGCAGUACUCCAUCUGCAGAACUGAAGACCUAUCUACUUUAUUAUCUACGGCAAAAAAAACACACAAAAAUCAUGGUAGAAUUCGAGAGGAUUAGAGGCAUUCUUAAAUGUUUUCAAUCAUUACUUGAAUUUUUCAUUCAGACCAAAGCAAUAUUUAACAGAACAUCAAACUACAGCAUCUGUUGGCCAAAAUCAUUUAUUGUAAGUGAUUUUUCUUUGGUAUUUAUGUGUGGGCAUGGCACUCACAAGCUUUACCAGAGAGAAAGACCAUCUGCAACAUAUGGGUGAGAUGUGAGCAAUGAGAAUAGUGAGCAGAACAACAGUAACCUUCGAAACAGAAAACAUUGUAACAACAAACAGUCAUGCAGCUAGUCUAUAUGUUUAAUUUUUGAGCUACAAUGCAACAAUAAUAAGCCUGUUGAUAUUGUCUGCUAAUCCGUUUGCUAAGGGAAAUGGGUCAUUUACUCAAUACACUGAAAAAGUUUGGAUCCUCUUUAACACGCUUCAAAUGGUACACAUGAGUUGCUUGUCUCCUAAGAAUACAGUUUACUUCAUCAUUUGUCUCGGAUAGUGACACAUACAAAAUCUGCAUAUCCUUCCACUACUGAACGAGCUGCUAAAACAUGCAAGGGCAUGAGAUGAGAGGUUGUCUGCAGACACAGUGUCUAGGCCACCUUUAAUGCUGUAUUUCCUUUCCUCAAAAAUUUGUUGUAAACCAUGUUUCCAAGAUCUGCAAAUCACAAAUAAAUGGUUCUAGAAAAUUUCUAAUCCAUAGGUUUACCUGUAUUUGACAAGUAUCAACAGGUGAAUAUGCCUUAAAGCACAGUGUUUUGGUAGAAGAUUUUCAACAGUAAAAUAAAAAGCAGAUAUGUUCUGUAUACGUUUUUUAGGUCCUAAGGGAUUAGCAAUCACUGUACAAUUGAAUUCUCAAACGUGGUUCACUAGUGUCGAAAAAUUUAUGAUCUUGGUAGAUUCUACCAUCACUGAAAUCUGUUUAAGCUUUUGGGGGCAUCAGUACCUGACAUAAUAUGCCAGUGUAGUUUGGUCGAUGCAGACUAAACCCAAUACUCUUAGCAAUGGAAUAUACUGAAAAGUGUCAUUUUUCCCAGUUGAAGUGUCUAUGCCCAACACAUAUUCAACAGGUUCAAUUAAGUUCAAGGGGACGUAUUAUACUAACUAAUUUUCAGAUCUUAACCUUUUUGUAACCAUAGUAUUUAGGGUGACCAGAUAAUCCAUGUCAUCCCGGACACUUUGAGCUUGAACAGGAUUUGUAAACUACUUUUUCAAUUAAAAGGACCUGGAUUUUACGUGAGCACUGAAUUCUUGCUGAAUGGUCUCUUGUAACCAUGUAUGUGUUACUUAAUGUGAAA